GGCUGUCUCCGCCUCCAAGAUUAACGCCGCGUUUGCAAGCGUUUGUGGUGCGGUCGCUUUAAAUUGGGAUUACUUGCGCUCGGCUCCAUCCAGAGACUGCGGAGAGCAGAGCAGAAAAGUGCUCUCGUCCCACAAGCCGCUCACAGCGCCCACAGCUUCGACGAAGACCAUGCAUUCCAUGCCUCUCCUAACCUUGGCUUUGCUUUGCGUCGUGGCAGUAAUCACCGCGCUACCGGCGGAGAGGGGCGAUCGGAGAGACGAAUUGGUGACGCGAUGUAUCAUCGAGGCUCUUUCCAACGCUCUUUCGAAACCCAACGCCCUAUCUGUGAGCUCGGAAUGCAGGGACCUUCUAAAGGGUGAGAAGCAUGAAGUAGCAGGAAAUAAAUUUGAGAAAAUAAAUCAUUAUGAAGAGGACUCUGAAAAUCCUCAGCAGGAAAAUAAGGGAAGCUUGAGGGCCAUCGAGGAAUCCAAGAAGCCACAUUAUGAAGAGGACAAAAGAAAUGAAGAUGAGAGCGAGGAAAAACGUUACAGACGGAACCACGGAGAGCAAAAAAGUGAGACAAAGAACAGCGAGGAAGAUAGCAGAAGUAGAGAAGACUCCUAUCCAAUGGAAAACACCCAUGAUGUCAGAAGCCUCGAUCAUCAUUCAAAUCAAGAGAACAAAGACCAAAGAGAUGCAGAUAACAGAAGUGAGGAAGGGAAUGAAGGAAGAUCCACUUCUCAUGAAGAGAAGGACUCACAACAUACGUACAAUACUGAGAAUAUAAUCAAUGUGUCUCAUCACAAACAGCAAGACAUUAGAAGUGAAGAUGAGUCCUCUGAGGAGGAUGAACCAUCUAGCGUUCAUGGACACUCUACGGAAAGACAUGGAGACAUUGCCAGAGGGGCAGUUGGGUCUAAUGAAGACCUCAACGAUCAAUACAAAAGAAGUGGUCAUUUUCCACACAAGAAAUCUGACUCUGAAGAGUUGGAAGAGAGAGAUAGCGAAGAAGGAGAGAAAUUACAUAAUGCUCCCAUGCACAACCAGAAGACAAAGAACCAUCGCCGUUCAGAAGAGGGUAAGAGUGGCCACCAAGAUAAGCACUACUCAGAUAUUUCUGAUGAAUCCGGUGAAGAUCUUGAACGCAUCAAAAAUAUUCGCAAUUAUCUACAGAGAAAUAAAAACCAGGCGGAGACCGAGGAUAAAACAAGCAAGCGCUCGAGGAGCAACUCGGAGGAAUCAAUGGAGAACAAACAGCACCUCAACCAAAGGGACGGUCAAGAAGACAAAAUGUACAGUGAAGAGGAAGAAAAGAGACAUCACACUGGCUACAAGAGGCACCACGGCGAAGGUGAAGAAGAGAAGGAUGAAGUUGAGAAGAAGUAUCACAGCAAGGAAAAGCCACACAGUGAAGAAAAGAAUAACAGCUCCAAGGAAGAGAAGCACGAAAGAGAGGAAGGCAUAGAAGAAAGAUUUGCAAGCAAUGGGAAGGACGAGGAGGAAGAGAAAAAUACAGAACCCUAUCCAAAAGUCCACCGGUAUUGGUGGAAGAAAAGGCAUGGUUUGGAGGAUCGAAGCCUUGGCAGUGAAGAGGCAACAAGGCCCGGCGGGCAUAGCCACUUCCAUCAGCAACAUGAAGAACACGUUGACAAGAGGCAGGGAACAGAUGAUGACAAAAGACACGAAGAGGAAGACCAAGGCCGGAAUGUGGAAACCGGUGAGAAACAUCCCACUGAGCAAAACCUCAGCUCAAACCAUGAUUUCCAAGAAGAAAGGAUGUACGAUAGAAUGAACAAGGUGGCACAUUAUCUGAAGUCUAAGUCCAUGGAAGUCCCAAAGGUUUACGAUUCUGAGGAAGAGGAGGGGAAGCAAAGUUACAGUGAGGAAAAGCAGAAAAUAAAACACAGAGCUCCAACUGUGGAAGAGGAGAAGGAACUUGAAAAUCUUGCAGCGAUGGACUUGGAAUUGGAGAAAAUGGCAGAGAUGCUGCAUGACAAUCAAAGGGAUUAAUACAACGUUGUCAAUGGAGUCAAUUACAUCAUCAAGACACCUGAUACUAUGUUGAACAUAUUAUUAAAACGAUUAAAAUAAAAAAUUAUCUAAUGCACUAUAAAAACAUAAUCAAUGAAGAGGCUGCUUGCAGAGUAUCGAUUAUCUUUUGUUGUCCACUUGUGACGUAUGUUAAACUGCUGAAAAUAUUUCUAUUGCACAUUUCUAUAUUACUAAACAUCAUAGCCAAAGGCAUGAAGAAUUAAGUGACAUUUUUGAUCUAGAUCCAUGAAAACUGUCAUAACUCAACUUUCAUAAUUUGAUUUCAUAUUGUUAUUGUAUUGCAGUUCAGCUUGUAAUUUUGGAUUAAAUAAAAAUCGUGGUGUGUUGAGACCAAA